AUGGCAAAUUCUUCACUAGAAAAUAAUGAAAAAGACAUAGAAGAAUAUAUUGUCAGCUUUAAAGCAGGAAAAAUGAUACGAGAAGGUAAUUCUACUCUUGUAAAAGCUGACACAAGAAAAGGAAUGGUAUUUAUGAAAGUUGGACAUGAUGAUUUAGUCCAUUUUUGCUGGAAAGACAGAACUACGGGUGUUGUAGAAGAUGAUUUCAUUAUUUUUCCAGAUGAAGCAAAGAUUUUUCGUAUAAAAGAAUGUCCAGGGAAUAGAGUUUUUGCUCUUCGAUUUAAGUCUUCUAUGCAAGUUCAUUUUUUUUGGAUGCAAGAUCUUAAAAGCGACAAAGAUCAAUAUUACCUUGAUAAAAUUAAUGAAAUAAUUAAAAACCACGUAAUGGACGAUGUAUUAGAUUCCGAUGAACAAGAUAUAAGUUUAAAGACAGAAACAGAGUAUUUUGAUAAUCAAAAUAAAAAAUCUGAUGAAAAUAUAUCUUCAAACAGUAAACAAGGAAAUUCCGAAACAGAGACACAAAAUAUUCUACAUAUAAGUGCAUGUAAAAAUUAUUCAGCAUUAUCUGAGUAUUUUUCAUCUUUGAAAACAUUUUUAUCUAGUGUUUCUGUUCCUGAUAAUUUUUCAAACGAAUCAUUUAUUUUAACUGAUAUAUUAAUGCCAUCAGAAAUAAUUAGCUUAUUACAAAAUAACUUUAUUCAAAAAACAUUAUUUCCUAAUCUUCCAUCUAAUAUUCUUUCUCAAAUUGUUAAUCUUAAUGAAAAAAAUCUUGAAAAUUUUAUUUCAGAAACAUAUUUUCAACAGGAACUUCGCUCUCUUCAUUACGCUAUCUAUGAAGGAAAAGCAGAUACUAUUAUUUCAAAAUUUUCAUCAAAUAAUUCUAAAACACUUGAUGUAUUUUUUCGUGCAAUAAUACGUUUACUUGAAGAUACGGAUCAAGAAAUGAAUAUUACUGAAUAA